AUGGUUCAGAAUGAGGUCCAGAGCGGUGCAGAUGGUGUUGGUUACGGUGGUGGUGGUGGUGCUGCUGCAGCUGAAGUUGCGACUACCACCACCACCACUGCUCGUGCCACAUACCACCUCCCCCAGUCAGGCCCCUCAUGCACAGCAGGUCAACCCCCUCCCACUGCCUUUCUCCCUCCCCCCGCACUCUCCUCCCCUCCUCACCCCAUACCAUCCAGUACCCUAUCCACCCCCUCGCCCUCCCCCACAUAUUUCCUUCCCCCACUCCACCCCCCUUCCUCCACCUCCUCUCGAGCUGUGCCUCCCCCAGUUGGCCCCUUCCCCAUGGGUCCUAUGCUGUCUGACGGUAUAGAAUCUCCUAUGCUGCCUCCUGAUUGUACUGGUCCCUCUUAUAAUGCGGUUAUGGAGAGGGCUAGGGCUGCUUCUGGGAAGGGAUUGGUUGGUAGGGACGGGGAGGUGUGGGGAGGAGAAGUGGGAGGGAGAGUUGAGGGGGUGGCAACAGCACCCCCUUCAGUCUCCCCAGAUACAGGGGCAGCAACAGUCACAGGAGUGGCAGCAUCAGCAGCAGCAGCAGCAGCAGCAGCAGCAGCAGUGCCACCAGGAAUGUCAGUAUCAGUGGCAAUACCAUCAUCAGCAUCAUCACCCUCAGUAGCAGUACCACCAGCAAGAGAGACAAGCACAAUCGGUACCAGCGCCACUACCAGCCGAUGGAAGCGGGCGGCAGGGGGUCUGGUCGGGCGGCGAAGCGGGCGGCUGAUUCCGGCCGGCAUGCAGCAGAUGAUUGGCCAGGGGGUGGCUCAGGUGCAAUCCAUGGUGAUUGCGGGGCUAGAGGAUCUGCUGGAUUUGGAUUCGGAAGGAGGGGAGAUCGGUGGAGCGGGGUUGAGUGCAGUUAGAAGUGAUGGAGGUGGUGGUGGGGCGAGCAGGCUCGGGUUGAGCGCGGUGGAGAGUGGUGGGAUGGGAGUCUCAGCUGUGCUUGAAGAAGGAUCGGGCCAAUCAGGCGCCGGGUCUGGCUUGGGCCAAUCAGACGCCGCUCCUGAAUCGACCCAAUCAGGCGCCAGUUCUGUUCAGAGGGGCCUUUCGGGGAAGGAGAUUGUAGAGGAGGGACUGGUGACUAGUGAUAGGGGUGUGGGUGCAGCAGCAGGGUUUGCAGGAGACGGAGUGGGAGAGAUUGUCGAAGGGCUUAGCAGGGGAGAGGAAAGAGGAGAGCGAGGGGAGGAGAGGGGGUUGAGUGCAUCUGAGGCUGCUGCUGCUGCUGCCGCUACUGCUGCUGCUGCCAUAGCAGUGGGAAGAGGGCUUCAGACAGCAUCAGCAGAAGCGGCUGCUUUUGAGAAUUCUGACAAGCUGUUGAGUGCACCUGAGGCUGCUGCUGCUGCCAUAGCAGCAGGAGGAGGGUUCCUGGAAGCAGCUGAAGCGGCUGCAGCUGCUGUAUUGAGUCGGCAUGGGUCGAGGGGCACAGCAGGAAUGGGGAAGGGGUCGGGGGGAAGAGAUGGGGGAAGAGGAACAGAAGGUGGGGGAGUGGGAGAAGGAGUGGGAGAAGGAAAGAGUCAAGGAAUGGGAGAACGGACUGGGGAAUGGAUGGGCGAAGGAACAGGUGGAACAGCUGCAGCAGCAGCAGCAGCAGCAGCAGGAGCAGCCGUUGGUAACGCGGUAACCUCCACCUCCACCCCCUUCCCUUCCUCCUCUGCUGCUGCCACCACCUCUCCCUCUCCCUCCCCUUCCUCCCCGCACCGCCCCCGGGCCUUCUCCCGGCUGCGCUGGCUCCUCCAAUCCAACAGCGACGUGGUAACCGGCGCGUUCAUGGUAACCGCGUUCUGCUGGAACCUCUCCCUCUCCACCCUCGUGUUCCCGCUCGCACUCUUCCUGUACGCGCUCGUGUCGAACCCGUCUCCCGGGCCGAGGUUCUGGAGGGGCAUGCUGGUUUAUUCCGAGAUUCUGAUUGCGUUAGAGUAUCUGUAUCAGAUCCCCACGCAUGAUGGGUGUGCGAGCUGGGCCGGGGGGAAUGGGGCGGGAGGGAGCGGGAAAAAGGGAGGGGGCGGCGCAGGGGGUGGUGGAGCAGGAGGAGGAGGAGGAGGGGGAGGAGGAGGGGGAGGGGGAGCGGGAGGGUUUGCUGGGUGGAUUAAGGCAGGAUUUGGAAUGGAGGGAUUGGAUAGGCUAUUUGCUCUGCUAGGCGUCCGCCCUUACCCCAGCUGGUUCGUUUGGAAUGUGCUUCCUCUCUUUGCAGUCUACCUCGCUCUGCUUGUUCAGACCGCCAUUUGUCAACGAAACAGCCAGUCGAGGGGUGCUAAGGAAUCUAGGGUUUCUGGGGAGGCUAGGAACUCUGUGAAAGUUUCGAGAACAGAGGAGGAAGAACAGGAGGACAGGUUCGGAAGUGACCAUGGCUCGGAUGGUGGUUCGGGCGGAGUUGGUCAGGGAGGGGGUGGGAGAGUGGAUUGGGAGGAGAGAGGGGGUUGGACUGAGGAGGGUGGUUUCUGGGGUGGGUUGAAGGGGAUUGCGAGGGUGGUUGGUCGGCUGGUUGGGGUAAGCCAGGCUGUUCACGUGCAUGCUUACGUGGACUGCGAUGCUGACGCGGACGCUGCUGACAGGGAUCAUGAUGCUGACGUGGAGGCAGCUUCGCCUCUGCUGGGCAGCAGCACCCGUGCAUCCACGUUCCCUCACUCAUCCUUCCGGACAGCCUCUCAGUCGCCGCGCCAAGCAGCGCCUCCCUACUUUGUGCAGGUUGUGCUGUGCAGCCCGGAGGGGUGGACGGCCAAUCAGAUGCAGCCAGGUGUCGUUGAAGGGGCGUUCAACUUUGUGCUAGCGCACGCUGAUGACGUGGCAGCACCCGCUGAUGUGGCAGUGCCUGCUGACGUGGCAGUGUUUGGUGAUGUGGCAGGAGCUACACAGAGAAGAGGAGGCCAUGGUGGAGUGUGGAAUGCGCUGGCUCUCUCAACACUUCCUCUCUCAACACCACCGCCCCCCCUCACGCUCCCCCUCAUGCCCCCCCUCACUCUCCUACUCACUCGCAUCUCCCUGUUACAGACACUAUAG